AUGCCAAAUCGAAAAGCAACCCGUAAAGCUAGUUCCCGCGGACUGAGUCUAGUGCUUCAUACGAUACAAGAUAAGGAGGGAAAGGAAGAUAAGUACGGGAGAUUUGAACCUGAUAUGGUUGACUACCCAGGGCGUUGUUCCGGCGGUCGGUCUGUAAAGCAAGAUGGGAGGAUCGGAGGCUGGAGUUGGGCCGUUCUCUUUCGUUCCGGCUAUUUCUUAUCAGCCAUGCCUUUUCGUUUGGCUGUCGGAUCAGUGGAAGAUACUUCCCCUCUUCAUGGUGAAAUGGCAGAAGCGAGCUUUCUUCGCCGAGAUAGGGGAGGAGCUCCUUCUGUAACAGCAGCAGUGGAUUCAAUAUCAACGGAGUCUGUAACGGCUGAUUCUAGCACAACAACCGAUUCUGUAACAAGAAGAGCGGAUACGUCGUUCUUUCAAAGAGCGCUUAUUCUCCUUCAUGUGCAACCUAUUCCCCCUAAUCAGGCCAGGAAAGGUAGGAAUGCAAUGAUGCACAAUCUAAGGACCCAUUCCCGGCAUAUCAUCAUAAGACUAAGGGACAACAUCGAUGAACUCAUUAAGCAGGGCCACUCACUCAGCCUUCUCAUCGUUAGAAAGACUAGAACCCAGUUUGACUUCCUUUCACUGUACCCAAAUUCACUGAAACAGUCUCUUCCAUAG